AUGGCAAAAUCUUUUUUUCGCAGUGUUACUGAUCAAAUAACAGGUGGUGGUAGUAAAACGACUGAUAUACAAGUAGUGCAAGCUAUUAAUCGUUUCGAUGAGGAACAUUCAAAAUUAGAAAGAUUAAAACGUGAAUUCGAUAAAUAUACUCAAGCGAAAUUAGUAUUUGAUAAUGCAACAAUUCGUUUUUUUGAUUUUAUAUGUUCAUUAACCGACUUUUCUAAAUGGCCUCAACAACGAACAUUAGUUCAAUCAUGUACCGAUAUACAACGUACGGAUAGUGAAUAUUUACAACGUGUAAAUAGACAAAUUAAUUUAAAUAUUAAUUCAUCAUUUGAGAUAUUUAAAAAAAUGCAAAUACGUAUUACUGAUCAAGAUCAUAUACAACAUGAUUAUGAUAAAACACGUAAACAAUAUCAGUCAAGUAUAAAACGUGAUGAAAAAAUUAAAGUUGAUCGUAUUAAAAAUGAAUUAGAUCAAUUAAAAUCUGCAUUAGGUUUGAUUAAUAGUGAAUUACGAGAUGAAUUACCAAAAUUUCAUCUCGAUCUUCAACAUCAUCAUAUACAAUUUAUAAAAGAAUUAUUUGAAUUAAAUGGAAAAUAUCAUAAAAAUUUAUAUAAAUCUCAUACACAUUUUAUGAGAAAUCUACAAGAAGAUGUUUCAACAAGUUUAAAUAAUAGUGGAAAUGUUUCGAAAAUCGAAACAGAAUCAUCUAUUACCGAUUAUGACAAGCAGAAAGUAACAUAUUGUACACCAUUAUCACGUCCAAAACGAACUGAUUACAAAGUAUUACAUCAAGCACGUGUUGUUCAUGAUUACAAAGGUGAAAAUGAAGAUGAAAUCGAUUUAAUCAAAGAUGAAUAUAUAUCUGUUAUUUCGUUUGAAAAUGAAGAAGAUAAUACACGUGAUAGCGGCUGGGAAUAUGGUGAAAAACUUGAUGGAACUAUUGGACUUUUUCCAGUUAAUUUUGCCGUACGAUUAUAUGAUAAUGAAGAAAAACAAUAA